AUGGAGCACCACAUGCGUCGUGCAUUCCUCCACUUCCUUGAUCGCUCGAAACACUCGGCCGACGUCUACCUAGUGAUCCUCGAAACUGUGGAGCGGAAGCUCAGGGCCUGCUAUGAGUGGCCUGAUGAGCUGCCCAGAAUGGAGAUCCCGGAGUUCCUUAACAUGAUGCUGCUCGACGGUUGCUUCUUGCUUGAACUCCACCGCACCACCAUAGAUAAGGACACAACAGGCUACACAGACGACGACCCGGUGUUCGGCCCCAAUAGGGCGGAGUUCUUCUCCGACAACAAGACUGAGGACCUGUUGCUGUCUGAAAACCAAAUCCCGUUGCUGGUCUUGCAGACUUUGUUGGACCCCUUGAGGGAACGCUCCCAUGCCGCCGAGGCGCAUAAGGUGGCGUAUGAGCUCUAUUGGAGUGAUAAGUGCACUUCGACGAACAUUAAGGGGAUGCAUCCGCUUCAUGUUUACCAAAUGACGACGCCGGGGUGCCACUUUCCUGUAGUUGAAGAGGGGCUAAGAAACCCGGAGCCGUAUCACAAGAAGGUACCAUCAGCCACGGCGCUACAUGAUGCCCGGGUGAAGUUCCAAGUGAGCCCGUGCGAUGCCAACUUAAAAAUCAGUUUCGACGACGGGGUGCUUAAGCUACCCUAUGCAGUCAUUACCCCAUCUGAGGUUUGUAUUCGUUAA